CUUAGCAACCGCCAGCGCCCUCCCGGGCCGUCGGCGGAGGCCCAAACCUCUGCCCUCCGCUCGUGGUGGCGCUGGCAGUUGAAGCAUGUCACCUCGGUGGGCUCCGGGACCUUUGGCCCUCGGGGUCUGGUAGUACGGGGACAGGGCAGGAACUGCUCCCCGCAAGGGGUGGCCACGAUCCCUCCUGCCUUCUGCAGCCUGAGCACCCUGCGGGCGGCCCUGGGCUUCGCGGAAGGUCAGUCCGACGGGGUGCGGGGCUGAGCGCGGGAGAGGCUCCUCCGUGCCGAGAGCGCACCAAGGCCGCCGAGGCUCCGCGGCAUGCGGGGACCCCAGGACCCUCGUCGCCGCCUGGGGCCCCGUCCGAUCCCUGGGAGCAGCGGUGGAUGGAGCCUUGCAGCCUGAUUCCCGGGGAUCUUCAAAUACGGGCAGCCGCGGGGACAGCACUUCCAAGGCUGGGACAUGAAGGUCGCUGUGUUGGACCUUGGGUCUCUCUUUGCCAAAAUCUUCAAGACCUCGACGGCGCCCCCGGCCGUCCCCUCCCCGGUCGCCUCCUCCAGCCACUCGGGAGGCGCUGCCAGCGCAGGGCGCGCGGGCUCCGGGGCGGGCAGCUCGCUUAGCACGGCCACGACCCUGACCCUCUUCCCGGCCCUGGCGCCACACUCCCCUUCUGCCUCGCGGGGGGCGCCCGUCCCGCUCCAUCCUCUGCUCACCGCCUCCUACCCCAGGGUCUCGGUCGCGAGACGCGCAGCAGAAGCAGUAGGGACCCUCGUCUCGCUGCCCAGUAGCCCGAGGGUAACCAAAGGUCAGCCCCUGCCCCUACCCCAGCCCCUAGCCCUGACCCCUUCCGGCGGUGGCUGCAGCGCCGGGGGCUCCCCCGCGCACCUGGUGGCCUUGGCGCGCCCGCCCCCGGGCCCUGGCGGGGUCUGGGCGGCGCUGCCGUCCAUCGGGGGCGCCACGGGCAGCGGCAGUUUAGCCUCGAGCCCAAGGAACCUCCGCUCGGCCGGCCCCGGAGAACGAGAGCCCAGCGCUGGGAUUCCCCCCGGGCCUGGCGCCAAGACCCUGUUCUUCACCCUGCCCGACAUCGGCGAGGAGUGGGCCUCGGACGGCGACUCGGAGGAUGGCGGAGAAGCGAAAGGACUGUCAGAAGGAUCUGGAAAGCACAGUUUUGCUGUGAAAAGCAAAGAUUCUCUGCCUACACGUUUUACAAGAAAUGUGCAGAAAGCCAUUGAUAAAUAUACCUGUGACUCCCUGUCAUCGUUUUCAUCCAGUGGAAGUACCUCUCGCCCAGAAGCCCACAGCUCUUGGUCUGAGUCUGAGACACAGAGUUCUACCACUGGCCUAUCUACCGAGCGGAGUUCCAUUUACUCUUGGAGAGAUGAUGAGUUUGACAAAGCCAACGCACAGAAAGUACAGCAGUUAUUCUGGGAGGUCGAGGAAAUGUUAUUUGAAGGGAAAGUGAGCCCUCAGACUCAGAAUCUCCUGGCUGAAUGCAGCGAGUGGGCACGAAGGUCCCUCCAUCUCAGAGUAUUAGGAAGACAGCUCAUCCUGCCAACUGAUGAAGGCUUCCAACAUUUCCAGGGCAGCGAGCCUGGUUCUGUAGUCCACAAACCCUUCUUUGAUGCCUGUGAACGCAACAGCAACAUCAGAGAGUUGUGCAUCUCUGGCUCUCAGAUACUCCCAGUAGCACCCUCGGCCCCUCCCCUGCCGGGCCCUGGUUGCACAGGGGUUGCUCACCUUCCAGCGUGUUCAUCCCUCGAAGAAGAGGUUUAUGAUGUGGAUGGAAAGAUUGAAGAGUAUUUCGCUUUUGACAGAAGAGAAGAUGACGACGAAUGCCUUGAACCAAAAUCAGCUCGGCAUCGUAGGACGUGGCGUAAACAUGGACUUCCUCCCGUUUCCCCUCAUGACUGCAUCAAAGAUGCGGUGGCUGCAGAAGUGUUUGAUGACGUCUGGACAAAUGUGGUAGAAAUAUUGGAAGAGCUGAUUAGAAAAAACUGGGAAAUUACACUCACAGAAGGAAAAAAACAGAAAGAAAACUUGAAAGUAGCUGAGAAUAAAUCUCCACACCUACUCAUAUCCCGUAUUAACACUGAUGUAUCCAGUGUCCCCCCAUCCAGAAGUUCUGAAACUCGAAGUGUGUCCCUGGCUUCUCAUCUUAAUCCAGCUCAGAUUCAUCGCUUCUCCAGCAACUUUUAUAGUGAUUUGAAUGGUGUGAUGACAAUUCAAGCAAAACCGCUUCAGCAGAGACCUACCUAUUUUGCAGAUAAAACACAGAAUGAGCAAGAGGACAAAUCAUUGGGUGUAGGAGCCAGCGCUCUUUCCUCCGCACGGUAUCGUCUGGGACGAAUCUCAGAUAGUCGUGGGCUACAGAGUUCUGCAAAGAAAACGCCGACACAUAGGAGGCUGCCUUCUCUUACUUCCGACUCGCAGAGAAUGAAAACCCCCAAUGUGUGCAGUGAGGAAGUUCUUAGGGGAACAAAACUGCAAGCCGGCAUAGACCGCCUGUCCUCCCCACCAGUUCAAACCUCGCGGAGCAGGUUACCCCCAAUAGGCUCGGAGGCUGGUGAGCAGAGCGCGGCAGUUCCCGGAUCUCGCCCAGUUUCUUACAGAGGAAGGCAUCCACAAAGCCGUGUGUUAAGUGCGAUACCGGACAGUAUAGAACGGUCGCCUCUUCGAGAAAGAUCUCUGACUGUGGAACAGUUUUCAAGGCCCAGCACAACCCAUACAUUUCGGUCAGAGAUGCCUCGAAAAAGUUCACUGACCGUGAUGGAAUUUGCUAGUCACACAUGGACAGGUCAAGGUUUGACAGGUUCACAGUAUCAGUCUAAAUCUUUUCAGAGGACGACCUUGACUUCCAGAAAGAGAUUCCAAGUGGUGUCUUGAUGUUCCUUCGGCAGACCUACAACGCGGUUGGAGCACGCAAAGCCUCAGCACACCAUUUAUCACUUGAAAAACGGAAGAACAAGUAUUAUAUUAUGUAUGUUUGUCUGACAGUCUGAGAUGUUAGACGAUCUGAGAGAAAUGCAAACAAAUGGACAACUUAAUUUUGAACACUUUGCACUGUAGAGAGAAUACAAGUUAAACUGACCAAGCUUCCUCUUUAUGGGGACCUUUAUUCCAAGAAAAGUUCUUUAGGCUUUCCUGAGAAGAAUCUGAUAUGUGUUUAUAAUCCGUCAUUUUAUCAAUUAUACAUAGACACACACAGAAUUUGUGUAUGUAUUCACAUACUACUUAAUAUAUAAGAGUAUAUUAAUCUGGGAAUAUGCCAUUCUGUAA